CGUGACCCCAACGGGGAACCACAACCAAGCCCGCACCGAACAGUGACUAACCAAAGGAUUCGACCGCCUGAUCCUCACUGACCACUAAAACGGAACCCCAUUCCCGCCGUAGACUUGCCGUUACACAGAUAUAUCUUCUCCCCUCGGUCUCGAGAGACUUUAAUUCGUUGGCUUUCUCUCCCCGUCCAGUCGUUAUGUGCGUCACGACGCCGGUACCGGUCCACACCUCCGGUUCGAGCGCACGCCGCCAUGGACGUGUCGUUACGGAACAAAUCACUGUCGGUCGACACCUUGGCUCCCAAUCACGUUUGUAUCGACGGGAAGGUCUUCGAUUUGGACUCGUUCGAUCAUCCCGGGGGGGAUUCCAUUCACGUCUUUGGAGGCAACGACGUGACGGUCCUGUACAAGAUGAUUCAUCCGCAUCACGGACCCAAUCAAUACGCGCAAAAGAUGAAACUAGUCGGUGUGAUUGACAAAUACCGGUGCGAGUAUUCGUUCGAUUCCGAUUUUGGCAAAGAGAUGAAACGCGAAGUCUUCCAGAUUGUCCGUCGCGGACAAGAGUUCGGCACCGUGGGUUACUUCUUCCGAGCCUUCCUCUACAUUGCCUUUUUCGUUGCCGUGGUGUACCGAUGGACCUUUCAGACGGGUCCCUCCUACGCGUUGGCUGUUGUUUUUGGCCUGGCAAAGGCUUUGAUCGGACUCAACGUCCAACACGACGCCAAUCACGGCGCUGCCGCCCCGCCGGGACGCAAGAACGUAUGGAUCAACGACCUCCUCGGGUGGGGAGCCGAUCUCAUUGGUGGCUGUAAAUACCUCUGGAUUCAAAAACACUGGACGCACCACGCCUACACCAAUCACGCGGAGAAGGAUCCCGACGCCUUUGCCGCCGAACCGUUUUUGAUCUUCCGAGAGUAUCCCGCAUCGCAUCCUGCCCGGCAGUGGUACCACAAGUAUCAAACGCUUCUCUUUCUACCAAUCAUUGCCGGUUACUGGCUCUCAUCGGUACUUAGUCUGGAAGUAGCCAAACUGCAGGACGCGGGCGCCAUGAGCGCCACGAUGAAAUUCGAAAACAAUUUCGUGGCCCGACAACGCAAGUUUACGGUCUUUUGGCGCAUUGUGCAUUUGGUUAUUAUUUUGGGACCGCCCUUGCGGCAACACGGUCUCACCGCCACCGCACUCGGACAAGCAUUGACGGUAGGGGCGGCGGGGAGUCUUUUCUUGGGAUGUCUCUUUUCCUUGUCGCACAACUUUGUCAACGCCGAACGGGACCCCACCGCCAUCCUGGCGCCACCACCAACGUCAACCGACGGGAGUGACAACGAGAACACCACCGCACCCGUCUGCUGGUACAAAGCCCAGGUGGAAACCUCCUGCACCUACGGUGGCUUUGUCUCGGGUGCGCUCACGGGCGGUCUCAAUUUUCAAGUCGAACACCACUUGUUCCCGCGAAUGAGUUCGGCCUGGUAUCCCUUUAUUGCCCCCACAGUGCGCCGUGUCUGUGCGAAACACAACGUUACUUAUACCUACUACCCCUGGCUCUGGCAAAACAUGGCGUCCAUGAUGCGGUAUUUGCACGUGACUGGUGGAAAUACGGACGCAAUUACCAAAUUGGAGUAA